AAAGCCUAAGGUGUAGGAGAAAGGAAAGCAUCUCCUGGAAGUUAGCGGUAAGCCAACGUUGUUCCUGCCUCUCUCUCGCCCACACACGCAGACAGUGACUGCUUUGGUUCUCUUGAUCUUGAGGAUCAGUUCCUGCAAUUACUGAUUGCCUGAGGCCAAUUUGGUCAACCAUCUGCGAACUUUCUUUCUAAAGCGUGUCUAUCUUAGUUUCUCAUUUCUUUUUGGGGCCGUUUUCUUCCCUAGAAGCUUGUGAAUCUAAUAAAUUUCUGACUCUCUUGUUUUCCUCAUUCUUGUUGUUUUGAAAUUAUAGAGAAAAUGGGUGUGGGUAUCUCUGUUCUGAUAGGGUUGAAAGCUACUAUACUAUUUCUGAGUUUUGUAUACCUUCGAAGCCUAGGUUUCAUGCUGUUAACUAUCCCUUUCCUCUAUGCCUCUUUGGUAUCAUUUUUGCUAUCGAUUGCUUCUCACCCAUCAAUCAAUCUGCCGAUCCUUUUGGGGAAGAACACAGAUGGGAGCUUCCCUAUUUGGGCAUUAAUCAUGUUCAGCCCUUAUUUGUACUUUGUUCGACUUUUCUCGACAUUAAGGAGAAUGAGAAGUCGGGAAGCACCUUACAGUGAAAUUUCUGAGGGACUUUAUGUUGGUGGGUGGCCAUCUUCACGUGAGAAAUUGCCACCAGGGGAUCCAGCCAUUAUUGAUUGCACCUGUGAACUGCCUAGAAAGUCAGAAUUCUCGGGCUUGUCGUAUAUGUGCGUUCCAACUUGGGACACCAGAUCUCCUCAACCUGCUGAAAUAGAAACCGCUGUUAAGUGGGCUAUUCGUAAGAGAGAGCUCAAAAGGCCCAUUUUCAUCCACUGUGCAUAUGGUCAUGGAAGAAGUGUUGCUGUUAUGUGUGCACUGUUAGUGGCACUAGGUAUUGCAGAAGAUUGGAAAAAUGCCGAGAAGUUGAUCAAGCAAAAGCGGCCUUACAUCCGGAUGAAUGCUCUCCAUCGGAAGGCACUCGGAGAAUGGUCGAAGCACCGGUUAUCGAUGCCGAAGAAGAAAGGAGAGAUGGGUGUGAGUUCCUUGAGUCAAUCACAGUUUGGUGGUCUUUCAAAUGGCAGUUCAUGAAGACAACUGAAAGCCAUACGUUCUCCUAAUUUCCUUUUGAGCUAUUGUUUCCAUGUCCUAAUCAAUGUACUUCAUUGUCGUAUUCUUGGGGCUCAGAUAACUUGGAAUGACCAGAAGCAAAACAAAGCUAACCUGUUAGCAGCACCAAAGAGUUUCAAGUCCAAGAAGAUAUUGUCAUGAAUUGCUGAUAACUUUUUAAAGAAGAAUCUCAUUUUAUCUUAUUU